GCUGCUCAGUUCUCCAACAAGCAGCUUUAUAGCUAGCCAUCAGUGACCAAAUUGUAGUGUCAGAUUAAGCAUCUUGUUGCAGGUCAGCAAGGUCGAUCAAUCGCUGAUGGCUCCGUCUUGCUUCUCCGGCGAGCACGCCGCCGCGGUGUCGGCGGAGCGGCUGUGGAAGGUGAUCUUGGACGUGCCCGCCAUGGCCAAGGUCUGCGCCGGCUUCGUCGACGCCGUUGAGGUCGAGGGAGAUGGCGGUCCCGGCACCGUCCACACCCUCAAGCUUAACCCUGCUGCGGACGUAGGGAGCGUGUACAAGACCCGGCUGGUGGCGCGCGACGACGCGUCCCGCGUGCUCAAGUCGGAGGUGCUGGAGGUCCAGAGCAAGGUGGGCAAGAUCAAGUCGCAGGUACUGGAGAGCAAGCUCGAGGCCGCCGGCGAUGGCUCCUGCGUGGCCAAGCUCGCGGUGGAGUGCGAGCUGGAGGGCGGCGCCCCGCUGUCGCCGGAGCAGGAGAAGACGAUCGUCGACGGCUACUUCGGCAUGCUCAAGAUGAUCGAGGCCUACCUCGUCGCCCACCCCGCCGAGUACGCCUGAAAUCGAAAACGAACGGAUGAAUGCGAGGUGGAUUUGAAUAAGAGAAUAAUUUGCGUGUUGUGUGUGCGCGUGCGCCUCGCAGCAAAUGUGAUUUGAGCAAAAAUAUGAUGCGUUUUGAGUUUGUUUAAGGAGUGAUUUGUUUAAAGGUUUGUGUGAUUUGUGGUUGUGUUUGUAUGUGCCUGUGGCCAUGUCAUUUGCUUCACGAACGAAUAAAAAUACGCAUUUAUAUGAAUUUGGUGUGUUUA